AUAUACCUGUCUAUACGUUUGAAUCGGAAAAUCGAUAUUAUGUGUUCAUGUGAAAGUUCACAUUUUACAGCCUAGGAGCUGUAUUUUGAUAGGUUUAAGCUUCUAAUGGAGAAUUUUAAACGUAUAGAGUAUACUAUGAAGUAGAGUGUGGAUUAUUUUGUAUUCAUAGAAAAUUUAAAUGUAUAGAAAUGUACACAAUGCUCAUGAUAUGCAAAAAUAUACAAAAUAUUCAAAGUAAACCAAUCAUCAAAAACUUUAGAAGAUCAGACUCUCUAUUCCGCUUUUUUUUUGCAUCCUGCAAAUUACCGUAUAGAGAUGUAAAACGAAAACUAUAGCUCGUUAAAAUUUGACGUACUUUUGUUUUCAUGAAAAUAUUUCAUGAAAAUAACAUAUGUUGAAUUGAAUAAACUAAACUAUUGAUAAUCACACUGAAGGAUAUAUAUAGCUUAGAUUUCACAGAUUAUUUCAAUAUUGAAGUACUUCUUAUGUACUAACGAAGAAGAUAAAACAUACUAAUACAAGUAUAGCUCAACUGAGCGAUUAUGAUAAUGUUAAUGCGCAUCUCCGAGCGUGCAGAGGAUAAAUGAGCAGAUAAGUUGCUCCCAUCACUUUCUCCUUUGUUUCAUGCAACUGUAACUCUUAGAAUGUAAUGUAUAAAUGUAUAUAACUAUCCUUAACCGCAUUGACGAAAUGAUGAUAGACAUAAUUACUUGUUUGUCAGUUGAAGAUCUUUUCUUUCCUCUUACUACAUAUUUAUGUACUUUUAACUUGUCUUUUUAGCAAUACUAUCGCUCGUUUGUUCUACAGUUUUCAGAAUUCUACCUUUUAGGCGUUCUACACACGAUCGGAGCGUGAAUGUGCCCAUAGCCUGCCUGUUCCUAUAAGCUACGUUAAACGAUCAUCUUCGAUUGUGUUGGCUUGUAGAUCGUAGAGGAAGCCAUUUACCUAUCUUUCGGAACAAGAACUACAGUUAAAAACAGCAACCAAUUGAGAACGGUAGUUAAGUCCGCGAGUAGAGGGGUGAGCGUGUUUUAGCGGCGACAACAGCACACGGUAUGCAGAUACGAAGCCGGGGUAAACCGGGAAGCCGUAGUUCACGGACCGUAGUAAGCGUGGUAACUCUGAACAGUCAACGACAUUCGAAAGCCGGCCACGCUCUGGAAUUCAGAUUAUUAUACGGUUAGAAAUUGCAUAUUUUUGAAGAUAUCGAGGAGUGGUACUUUUAAGCAAUUUUGAUUUCCAUCACUCAUAAAUUGAACCGAGGGAAUUUCAUCAAUUUACUUACCGGCCAUUAAAAAGUUUUAAUGAAAUGGGACAAAUGAUAGACGAAUAUGCGGCUGCUUCUGCUCCAAAUAUCUCCGCUACUGUGCCUGUUGACGGAAAUCGGCGCGGCGGGGAUCGGCAAAGCAUGGCAGAUCCUGCCAUACGCGACCGAUUCCUGGAAUCACCCAUCGUGGCCGCGACUCGACUCUUCCGCAUUCGAAGUUCGCAGCGUGAGCGGGGUCGGUCAUCUCAAUCCCUUCGAAACCGCUCAAAGUAACCUAAAAACCGACCAAUCGAAAUUUAUCGAACCCAACACUGUUGCAAUAUCCAAGCCGCACUCUGUGUUCAAUCAGAAAUACCUCGAUCGAUUCGAACCCACGUUCGAAGAGCUCUACGACCGAUACGAAAGUCGCGGCGAAACGAAUAAUGCAGAGCACCGGGACAAGAUAUUUAAAACUGGCCUAGCGAUGACUGUCCUCCGUCCAGAAGAAGACAAAGAUUCGACAAAGGCUACUGCGAAUGAAGCAACGGAGACCGUAUCGAGGAUUCGCCGCGAUACAGAGAACGAGACGAGGCUGGAACAAAUAUCGAGCACUAAGAACGUCCGAGAAGUACGUCUAAGCUCCGCAGAAAAUUGGUCCACUCAACCAUUGUCUAUAGAGUUUCCUCAUAGAACUAGCUUAGACCAGACGAUGCACCAAACGGCAGACGGCGAAGAAUUAGCAAACGCAAGAGGUUACCACGUUCCGAGAGCCGAUUUUGUGACCAGCCAGCACAGGAGGAGUUACGAACAACGAGAAGCACGAGAUAUGCCAGUUACAAGAGGAUACGACGACUACGACGUCCCAUGGUACAGAAGCGCUAUCAGGGAUCGAGACUACGAUCCUUUAUUCUAUCGCCGUGGGUACAGUUACUAUUACCCGGAUCGUUACAGGAUGGAAAGAGACUACUACAUGCGUGUUCCCAACGAUUAUUCUUAUUACUAUGAUCGGUACAGGGACGAGGACUUGGAUCUAUAUGGCCGUAGCAGACCCACGCCCAAACCUAAAAGGAUCAUCUACUAUGCCACCUUGCCGGAAAUAGUGAGAAAACCUGUGGAUCUGAGAAAUUAUCCUAGAGCCUAUGACGGAACUAGAACGCCAGUUUCUAGGGAUGGAAGCUACAAACGUAUUCCAGGGAACGUUGACCCUAGUAGAUAUCGAUAUAGAAACCUUUACGAUGGUUAUGAUAACUACUCGAAGAGGUCGAGCUUCCUGGAGAGGCCUUAUCCUUAUGCCGAAGACGAGGGUCGUCGCAAAGCGACGCUGGAAACUUUUCGAAACAACGAUCCGUAUGAUCAGAAUAACGAGAGGAAAUUAGCUAAUCAGAUUUCGAUGAGAAACGAGGGCAAAUUGCCUUGGCCAGUGCAGAUCGCGACAGAAGUGAGCGUAAAGGACGACGAGAGAAUCCCAGGAAGGAAGAUCUUUGGGGAGACUAACGGAUACGAGAGAUUCCAGAGCGCACAGUUGCAGAAGGCACCGGACGCGACUGGAUCGAGCGAGCUGCAGAGCGACAAUUGAUCGCCGAAUGAAUUCUCUUUUACAUAGUUUAGUAGCGGAUUUUUGAAAAGGAUUUUGGACACCGUUCGCUUUGACGCAUCACUGUCUUUCUCUAUUGAAUCUUGAUAGGCAAUUUAAAUAGGUCUGAAUAUUCUAAGCAAGCAUCGAUACUGGAUGCUGGUUUAGUCGAGGUUAGACACGGGACAGAUCUUUCAAAGUAAUUGUAUGAUCAUGCGUAUUGUGAUUUACGGAUUCUCCGUUACUUUUCAUACUUAUUUAUCGUUAUUCAUACGAUCAUCGCUCGUGGUGUUUGCUUUAAUACGUACAAUUAGCAUUUUCAAUACAGAAUUCUUUCAGAAAGAUUUAUGUAUUGGUUCUUCAUCGUCGCGUGUAAGUUUUAAAAGAUUAAAUUCAUGAUGAGCUAGACCUAAAAGGCCAAAGUAGGUAUCACGAGGGUUGGUGAUGGUUUCCAGUUGAUUUUUAUACUACGAAUUUUCAGAAAGGGCGAGCUGUAUUUAUUUGAAAAUUAUAUC